AUGUUGACGAUCUUCGCCGCCGACUCCUGUCCACAGUUUCAAGAAGGAAAUGGCACAGACGUCUCCAUCCCCGGCUCCAGGCCUGGUCUCAGCAGCAUCAACAGCAGCACCUGUACAGAGCACGACAGAGAUGAGAAGAGCAGAGAGGAGCUGACAUGCAGAGAAGAGUCAAAGCUGUGCAACGUUCACAGAAAGAUUGGCCCCCUGCAGCUGCUGAAGUCCAUGUUCUUGUGCCACCUGUUCAUUUUCUACGUUUUCCUUGCGUCGGGCCUCAUCGUCAACCUGUUGCAGAUCUGCACUCUACCUCUGUGUUCAAAGGCGUUGGCCAAGAAGGAGCUGGCUUAUGUUCCAGUGAUUGGUUGGUUGUGGUACUUCAUGGAGAUGGUUUUCUGUAAGAGGAAAUGGGAGGAGGACAGAAGGACGAUGGCGCAGAGUCUACAGAACCUGUGGGAUUACCCAGAAAAGUUUUGGUUCCCAGUGAGCUGUUCAUCUCAGCUGUUCACUGCGAAGAUGUUGUUCCUCAACCGAAAUGCCUCGGCUCAUUCAGGCCUGAUGAUAAUGACUGUCAGCAACAUUACAGGGAGUUUCCCCGACACCAUAACCAGCCCUUCACACCGACCCUGGACCUGGAUCAACUGGCUGUUCUGGUCCUAAUUGCUCCUCCACCCUCUGGGCCUGCUACCCGUUCAACUCAUUAAUUUAGCAACCAGGGAAUUAUUAUCACUGCUCUGCUCAAAGGCAAAACUGUAA